AACAGCGCUCUGUAUCUUACUCGGUCUCUAUCUCGCGCGCUCUCUCUCUCUCUAAUCUCUUGAAAUAGGUAAAAAGAAAGGAAAGGGGGGAGAGAGAGAGAGAGGGUGGGUCGAUGAUAUGCGCAUUGUUGAAUCGCGGGUUUGGGUUUGUUUGGAGAUCGAUUGUGAGGUUUCUUAGCAGCUCAUUUUUCAGAGCCAUGAACUUUUUCCUAGGUUGCUUCCGUGUCAGGGACAGUCGCCGCCGUCGAGGAGGCGUGAUCGGCUCCGAUUCUGUUUCUGCUCGAUCGAAAUCCACUGAGACUGUUGUUUCAAAGAAUCGCCUAUCAUCAUUAUUUUUAUCAGAAGAGAGAGACGAUUCUCCUGGCAGUAAAAGGGGAAAUUUUUAUUUGGAGUCUCUACAGAUUGACAAGGAACUCAAGGAAGAGGCCAAGUUUCUCAAGGCUUGUGGUACAUUGCCAGAGACUCCUGCUGAAAUCCGAAAAGCCUCUGAAAGGUUGAAAGGUUCUUCUGUUUGCCACAGAGAUUCAGAGCCUUUAGAGUUCCAUUCUUGGCUACCCGACUCAUCAAUCCAGAAGCUGCAGUCGGACGAGCAACUCGAUCUGCCCCCUACUCCUAUUAAGCUUGGUGAAGAGCUGAGAAAGGACUUGGAAUCUUUGGAGCACACACCUAGGAGUGUGGAGAACACCAGGACUUCUAUCAAUUCUACCCAGGUCACUGAGACCCCGAGUACUAAUGUUUUAAAGGCUGCUGCAGAUCAGCUUGAUACUAUUCAGCGUGGGAACAAGUCUGUGCAUUUUGAAUGUGAUAUUGACGUAUCAUCCUCUAAAGGUUCCUCAUCUGAAAAUUAUAGUCAAUAUUUUAGGGGACCUGGGUCUCCAGGUGAUCUGAGUGUAUCAAAGCCUUUACCUAAUCCAACCCCAUUGAAGCUUUCAGAUGAUUUGCAAAUUCCUGGAACUGUUUUUCCUGCAAACCUAGAAAAUUUAGCUGAUGGCAAGCCUCGGAUCAGAUCACAGUAUGUCUAUUCAGUCUUAAACCCAGUUGAGAAUGUAUCUAAGUCGAAGGAACUGAAGAAAGGUGAUCCUAACUUCCCUCAACUUUCAGGCGAGAUAAGAGAAUUUAUUGAGCAGCCCGAGCACGCAACAACUACGUCAGAAGUGACUUCAAAAGACCCAUCAGUCGACAAUGAUAUGAAGGUAGAUUCAAGCUCGUCUUCAUGGCUUAAGCCGCCUUCUAACAGAGAGACUUGCUUCGGUAGAACUCUUGGGGACCGGCCUAUCAUUGGGCUUGUUGGUGCUCAUUGGAAUGAGAAUGAGCAACCUCAAAUCUCACCCAAGUGGUGGGAUGGGAAUGGAAUCCCGAAUUCAACUAACAAGUACAAGGAAGAUCAGAAAGUUAGGUGGCAUGCAACACCAUUUGAGGAGAGGUUAGAAAAGGCACUGUCUGAAGAGAGCUUCAUUUCUCAAAGGAAGCAUGUCAAUGGGAGACCCAUGCUGUUUGAGGAUUGUGAUGAAAAUGACACUGCUGUUUCUCAGUUGCAGCAACCUUCAACGCAUUCUAAAUCAGUUGUAUCAUUCUGAAGAAUCAGUGGAAGGACUGCUGCCGAAACUGCAUGAGGUUUGUUUCACCACCAUUGGAUGAUGGGGAAGAAUGUAGUCAUGUUCCUUUAAACAUGGAAUGAAACCUUUGGGUGUUAAUAUUUGAUGGACUGUGAGGAACCCUUGAAUGAGAAAUCCCAUUCCAAAAGGGUCUGUGUGAUAAGCAGGGUGUGUAAACUUGUUGAGCCGAGUUUCUUAUAAAAUAUGUACACUUACCAUGUGAAUCUUGGAUGCAUAUAUUGAAAGGUCUUUUGAUUGAUUGAUCAUUCAAUAUAUGCAUAUUAUGUAUGUUGUAGGAUAUUUUGUCUUUCUUGACUGAAAGAUAACUCUCU